AUGCAGCUCCUCAUGCGUUUUAAUACUUUCGAGGCGACGGCAACAAGUCAGUGUUUGAUGACCGGGAGUUCCCUUGCAGGUCUCAUUCUCAACUUCAUUCGCCGCAACCCCGUUGUGGAUAUGCCACUUAUUGAUAUGGAUAUGGUCCUCCUGCUAGGUCCAAUGCAGAUGUGUGGCUCUUCGAUUGGCGUUAUCGUGAACCGUGUGCUGCCUGCUUGGUUGAUUAUUGUCCUCCUUGUUGUGUGUUUGUUAUACGAAACCAUUCGUCUUAUGCGACGGCUUUGUGACCAGCCAAAGCGGGCAAGAAACGAGACACAGCUGACUGCAGCUGAACACACACAGCAAACACGCGGGCGAUUGGGGAUGGCUGUCCCCGUGGAGGAUCAACAGUCAGCAGGCGAAAUGGGGGUUACUACCAGGAAGGCAGCAGGAGACGAGGAAAAGAAGCAGGAUGGGAACGAAACACAGAAAGAACAGAAGACCAGCGGGAUAGGGGACGACGACGUAUGCGAGAAUCAGGAGGUUCUGGUAUCAUCAGAAGAUGAACAUGUUAUUCACAAGGAGGAAAGAGAUACACAAGCAGCUGCAUUAGACAGUGAUGACCGCCGGCGCAGAAAAACAGAGUUCGAAACGAUCAAGUAUCUGUGGGAACGGCAUGAGCUGACGAAGUGGUCAAUCCUGCUCACGAUCUGGACCAUCAACCUUACCAUCACAUUCAUCAAGGGAGGCAAGCGUUCCACCGUCCACGUUGUCCCCUUCUGCUCAGUGUCUUACUGGAUAAUAUACGUGGUUGGCUGUCUCUUCCUAGCAACAGCAUCGCUUCUAUGGGGUUACAAGCUCCUCAAACGGCACAAAAAGAGACUCCGUCUCCACCAGCUGUGCUACUCCUCAAUCGAGUUUACCCCAGACAACGUGCAAUUUCUUCUUGCCCAGGCUUUCUUCGCUGGCAUGCUAGGCGCUAUUGUGGGGAUAGGCGGAGGUCUAAUUCUUGGUCCAGCGCUUCUCCUGAAAGGCGUCGUUCCUUCCGUGUCGUCGUCACUGACGUCAUGCCUUGUGUUGCUUUCUGCUUCGACGGCUGGGACGAUCAAUCUGACAAGCAGAAUGGCACCUCCGAGCAUCAGCGGUGUUCUUUUCCUCGUCCUCUUCUUCACCACCCUUGUCGGCAAAUCUCUUCUCGAUCGGUUGGUGGGUUCCAAACAUUUUCCAAUGACGGAAUGCAGCCAGAUGUCCCUGUAUAUGUGUCCCAAGUACAAACGGCCUCACAUCAGUGCAUAGCUAGUAUAAUUUAUUAAAUAGAUUCCGUAUAACAACAAAACACGCAGAAGACAUGUUCAUCACCCGCAGAGUUUACAUGGUUCGGCAUUUCACAAAUGGCACUGCGGUUGUCCGGCUGGUUUGCUCGUGAGUAGAAAAGCUGGAGGUACAGGAGAGAUACAGGCCGCUCAUAUAGGGACACUCGUGGGGUGAAUUCGCCUUCCUUCUAGUCCAUAACUGAUGCAUUU